GUGGUCGGAUUACCGAUUACUGGUCUGCGAUUUUUAGCAUCUUUAAAAGCAUUUUCAAAGAGAGCAUUUUGAUUCAUUGCAUUGUACAUUAUUAAUUAAAAGAACACAACCAGAAGACCAGAAGGUUGUUACUGUUGUACGAAAAAUGGUUGUCAGGCAAUACAAUGAAGAAUUGAAGUACUUGGAGAAGAUAAACCCACAUUGUUGGAAGAUUAAAAAGGGCUUCCAACCCAAUAUGAAUGUAGAAGGUGUAUUCUAUGUGAAUAACACGCUGGAAAAACUUAUGUUAGAUGAAUUAAGAAAUUCUUGCCGACCAGGCAUGACGGGAGGGUUUCUGCCAGGUGUUAAGCAAAUAGCAAACGUAGCAGCAUUGCCAGGCAUUGUGGGCAAAUCUGUCGGCUUACCGGAUAUACAUUCAGGAUAUGGUUUUGCUAUAGGCAACAUGGCAGCAUUUGAUACAUCAGAUCCAACUUCAAUUGUAUCUCCGGGAGGAGUGGGUUUUGAUAUCAACUGUGGUGUAAGACUUCUGAGGACCAACUUACAUGAAAAAGAUGUACAACCAAUUAAGGAACAACUGGCUCAAAGCCUUUUUGAUCAUAUACCUGUUGGUGUAGGUUCAAAAGGAAUUAUUCCUAUGAAUGCUAGGGAUUUAGAAGAGGCUUUGGAAAUGGGCAUGGAUUGGUCUUUGAGAGAAGGGUAUGUGUGGGCAGAAGACAAGGAACAUUGUGAAGAAUAUGGACGUAUGCUGAAUGCUGACCCAUCCAAAGUCAGCCUGAGGGCAAAGAAAAGAGGAUUGCCACAACUGGGUACCUUAGGUGCUGGCAAUCAUUAUGCUGAAAUACAAGUUGUUGAUGAAAUUUAUGACAAAUUUGCUGCUGGUAAAAUGGGCCUUGAACGAACUGGUCAAGUAGUGGUAAUGAUCCACUCUGGUAGUCGAGGAUUUGGACACCAAGUUGCUACAGAUGCUCUGGUUCAAAUGGAAAAAGCUAUGAAAAGGGAUCAAAUUCUUGUCAAUGACAGACAAUUGGCCUGCGCAAGGAUAAAUUCUGCUGAAGGUCAAGAUUAUUUAAAAUCUAUGGCAGCAGCAGCCAACUUUGCAUGGGUUAAUCGCAGUUCCAUGACAUUCCUGACUCGCCAGGCAUUUGCUAAGCAAUUCAAAAUGGCUCCCGAUGACUUAGAUAUGCAUGUGAUCUAUGAUGUUUCACACAAUAUUGCUAAAAUAGAAGAACAUGUUGUUGAUGGAAAAUCUAAGACCUUACUCGUCCAUAGAAAGGGUUCUACAAGGGCAUUUCCUCCACAUCAUCCGUUAAUUCCAGUUGAUUACCAGCUAACUGGCCAGCCUGUGUUAAUUGGAGGGUCGAUGGGAACAUGCAGCUAUGUGCUCACUGGCACUCAUCAGGGCAUGACAGAAACGUUUGGAUCUACCUGUCAUGGAGCUGGUCGUGCUCUGUCACGUGCCAAAUCCAGGCGUAACAUUGACUACAAGGAAGUAUUGGUUAAACUUGAAGAAAUGGGCAUUUCUAUUAGAGUUGCUUCACCAAAGUUAGUUAUGGAAGAAGCACCUGAGUCUUACAAGAAUGUGACUGAUGUAGUAAAUACAUGUCAUGCUGCUGGAAUCAGUAAAAAGACUGUUAAGUUACGACCAAUUGCUGUAAUCAAAGGCUAGUUUUAAUAAUUGUGUCCUGUAUUAAAUGUAUAAGCAUUUAACAAUAUAAUGUUUGAGUUUUUUUACUGUAA